AUGUCUGCCUAUCUAAUUUUGUUAAUAUCUAUCUAUCUAUCUAAUAUCUAUCUAUCUAUCUAUCUAUCUAUCUAUCUAUCUAUCUAUCUUAUUUUGUCAAUAUCUAUCUUAUUAUGUUCAUAUCUAUGUGAUGGACCAGAGCUUAGAGACUUUGUUACUCAGAAUGGCAUUGUGGAACCAUUGUUGUCUUUGGCCAAGCAUGAUCUUCCUGCUGGCUUCCUCAGAAACAUUACCUGGACAAUCUCUAAUCUGUGCCGAAACAAAAACCCCUCACCUGACUUUGCUACAAUCCAAAAGUGCCUUCCCACACUCUCUUGCCUCCUGCGGCAUUCGGAUCAUGAAGUUCUCUCUGACACCCUGUGGGCUUUUUCCUAUAUAACUGAUGGUCCAAAUGAGAAAAUUCAAGCCGUCAUCGAUAGCAAUGUUGUUCCCAAACUUGUGGAAUUGUUUCAACACCCCAAGAUUUCUGUGAUAACCCCAGCUCUGCGAACAGUGGACAACAUUGUCACUGGUGACGAUUCUCAAGCCCAAGUUGUAAUAGACUCCUCUGCUCUUCCCAUCUUUCACAAUCUGCUGAAGCAUCCCAGACCCAACAUACAGAAAGAAGCCUCCUGGACCGUUUGUAACAUAACUGCUGGAAACAGUGCUCAGAUCCAAAGAGUUAUUGAUAUUGGGCUGCUUCCUCCUAUUGUUGAUCACCUGGCUAAGGGUGACUUUAAGACCCAGAAGGAAGCUAUUUGGGCUGUUACCAAUCUAACCUCUGGUGGUACAGUUGAGCAAGUGGCUCAUCUCGUUCAGUUGGGUGUGAUUCCUCCCCUUUCUAAUUUAUUGACUAUUAAAGAUCCUAAAGUUAUCCUGGUAAUCUUGGAUGCCUUCAUGAAUAUCUUGAUGGCUGCUGAGAAAAUCAAGCAGCAUCAUGCUGUCUGUAUGAUGAUUGAGGAAUGUGGUGGUAUAGACAAAAUUGAGGCCCUCCAGUCUCACGAAAAUGAGAAUGUCUACAAAUCUGCCUUGAGUAUCAUUGAGAAAUAUUUCUCGGAAGAGGAUGAUGAAGAUACUGAUUUGGCUCCAGUUGCAACUGAAGAUGCCUACAAUUUCAAAGAAGCAAAUGUGCCAUAUGGUGGAUUCAGUUUCUGA